CAUCUUCCUGCGGGUUUGAUUCAAGGACCGUCGCACGUCAGUGAGCUCAACACCAACAGUGACCCACCGAUUCUCCCUUCGCCGCUGAAGCACACACGAUCAUGGCCGGAGGACGAAUUUUUAGGACGACUUUGGCCCUCACGAUCGCGGCAGUAUGCUUGUCGGGGGCGACCAUCGCACAGGCAGAGACAGACCCCUUGGCGCCGGCUGUGCUGCGCAAUAGGAACGGCGUGCAGGCUGAGAUCCUGCCCGUCGGCGCCAUCAUCCACCGCCUGCUGGUGCCUGACGCCAACGGCAAGGCCGACGACAUCGUGCUGGGCUUCGACGACGCCAAGACCUACGAGAGGUACAACUCACCCUACUUUGGAGGCAUCGUGGGCCGCGUGGCCAACCGCGUCCAGAACGGCACCUUUGAGCUGGACGGCCAGAGAUACAUUCUGGACAAGAACGACCACGGCAACACUCUGCACGGAGGCUUCAACCCUUUCUUUGAGAACAACACGUGGACCGUCGAAGAGGCCUCUGACAAGGAGGUCAAGCUCAGCCUCUUCUCCCCCACCGGCACCCAGGGCUUCCCGGGCAACCUGAACGUGACUGCCACCUACAGCCUGAACGACGAUAACGUGCUGCAGCUGGUGAUAGAGGCCACAACCGACAAGACCACCCCCGUGAACCUGGCGCAGCACUCCUACUUCAACCUCAAUGGCCAGGCCAGGGACAACGUGCUCAACCACGUUGUCUACAUCAACGGGCUGUACGUGACUCCCACGGACCUGACCCAGAUCCCCAACGGCGAGCUGGCGGCAGUGAAGGGAACUCCCUUCGACUUCACCACCCCUCACUCCAUCGGCGAGCGCAUCCGCGCGGUGACGUUCCCUCCGCCCAUCGGCGGCUAUGACCACAACUGGGCGCUGUUUGGCCUGGGCACCGACGCAGCAUCCAAGACUUUUAACAGCGUCGUCUCCGAGGAGCCGCAGCUGGCGGCUUCGGUGUACUCUCCCCAGAGCGGCCGCGCAAUGGACCUGUCCACCAACGCCCCAGGACUGCAGUUCUACUCCGGCAACUUCCUCAACGGCUCCGUGGCCGGCAAGGGCGCCUACUCCUACCCUCAGUACGGCGGCUUCGCCAUGGAGUCCCAGGUGUGGCCGGACUUUGUGAACAAGCCCAGCUUCCCCCAGAGCAUCCUGAGCCCUGGCCAGCUGUACCGCCACGUCUGGAGCCUCAAGUUCUACAACCACACCGCAGCCCCUGCUCCUGGCAGCGUGCAGACCACCUCGCUGCCCUGA